CGGCGCCGCGUUUUCUUGCAAAUCCCUAGAUUGUGUGCUUGAGCCCCCAUUUUUGUUGUUGUUUUUUUUUUAGCGUCGUAUUCGCCGGGCAGGAUGCGUUCAAGUUAAGGGACGUGUACAUGCAUAUGAGCGUGUGAGCCAGGUCAGAGGGCAUGCUGCGGAGGGAAUCCGACUCUCAUGGCCUCUUUUCCUCUGGAGAGACAUCUGACAAUGACUGUGAGAUGAGGGCAAGUUGUGGAGAGGUAGAUGUGCUGUGUCUGUGCCAGACUGGUCCCUGUACACUCUAUUCAGAAGCACACAAGCCAAUGACGGACACGCUGACGUGUGAACACUGUGGGAAGAGCAGGGUAGCACUGACCAGGUACUCUGAGGGGUACGGCACAGAGGAGGAGUGUGUCUUGUCUGACCCUCAGGGGGAGAGUGACGCAGAUGCUGAUAUAGAGGAUACAGACUGCAGAUUGCAGGAGCCGGGUUCUCUCCAGCGAAUCAGUUCACGGAGACGUAAGCGUCCCCGGGUAACGCGGCAAGACACCACUGAAAGCGAGGACGAUGGCGGGCGGAGUCACAGAUCCCACCGAUGGAACCUUAGACUCAGUCCCCACAGAGCGCAAAACAGGACCAUACUGGAGGAGAGCAUAUCCCAGGUCAGACCGUUGGUCAUCUGCCAGCCGAGCAUCAUGGGCCAGAAAACCUUGGAAGAAUUUCCCAGAGGCCCCAAACCAACAACCUUCCCCAGCAACUUGACCCAGAUUCCACAAUGUGAGCCUGUGGAGGAGCAAUGUGAUCCCGCUGAUGACCCUCUAGGCAUUUAA